AUGCUUAUCGUGUUCCAGAAACUCAUCGAUCGCGGUCAUAAAGUCAUAAUAAUCACACAUGCAUACAAGGGGCGCACCGGGGUUCGGUAUCUCACGAAUGGUCUCAAGGUCUACCAUGUCCCCUUCCUAGUCAUCUACCGCGAGACGACGAUGCCGACGGUGUUCUCCUUUUUCCCUAUAUUUCGCAACAUCGUCAUCCGAGAGCAGAUUCAAAUCGUCCACGGCCAUGCAAGCUUAAGUUGUUUCUGCCAUGAAGCAAUUCUUCAUGCGCGCACUAUGGGACUGCGAACAGUGUUCACCGACCACUCUUUAUUUGGAUUUGCCGAUGCGGGAUCUAUCCUGACGAAUAAAUUACUCAAGUUCGCUCUGAGCGACGUGGAUCAUGUUAUCUGCGUCAGUCAUACGUGCAAAGAGAACACCGUGCUCCGGGCGUCGUUGGACCCUUUAAUGGUCUCUGUAAUUCCCAAUGCCGUUGUCGCGGAGAACUUCCGACCACUAUCAUCUACGCCUCAUACAAAUAAUCGUCCAUCCGGGCCAUUGCAGGAACUACAACCUAUCCCGGCGCCAAUGGGUCCCAAUGACAUCAUCUACAUCGUUGUCAUCUCACGACUUUUCUACAACAAGGGUACAGAUCUCUUAAUUGCCGCGAUACCUCGAAUUCUAGCGUCACAACCCAACGUGCGAUUUAUCAUUGCCGGCUCAGGACCUAAAGCCAUUGAUUUGGAGCAGAUGCUGGAGCGCAAUGUCCUACAAGACAAAGUGGAAAUGCUCGGCCCUGUCCGACAUGAGGAAGUACGGGAUGUUAUGGUCCGAGGACAUAUUUAUCUCCAUCCUAGCCUGACGGAAGCUUUUGGAACCGUCAUUGUUGAAGCGGCCAGUUGUGGACUCUACGUCGUCUGCACCCGUGUUGGUGGCAUCCCUGAAGUGCUCCCUCAGCAUAUGACAACCUACGCGAAACCCGAAGAAGACGAUAUUGUCAUGGCUACAGGCAAGGCUAUCGCCGCAUUGCGCUCUAACAAAGUGCGCACUGAUAGAUUUCACGAUCAAGUGAAGAUGAUGUACUCCUGGACGGAUGUCGCCCAGCGCACAGAACGUGUUUACAAAGGUAUCUCCGGCGGGAUCACUCCCGAGGAAUUCUACGGAUACUAUCCCGGGCAAGGUUGGGAAGCUAGCGGUGAUCGCGUGCGAAGUUUUGCACUGAUUGACCGCCUGAAGCGCUAUUACGGUUGCGGAGUCUGGGCUGGCAAAUUGUUUUGUCUUUGCGUGGUGAUUGACUUUCUACUCUACGUCUUUUUGGAGAUGUGGUUUCCUCGGUCGAAUAUCGACAUUGCACGCAGCUGGCCCAAGAAGUUACAGAAGAACGAACAAAAAACGACCAACCGAAAUGACCGAGAUCAGAUAGAAUCCAUGUCUUGA